AUGAAUAGUGUAAAUUUAAGAGUUGUAAUUCAACUAACCUAUUUUAUAAUGGUACUUACAAUAAAGUUAGUUAAUCAUAAUUCAGAAUACUUUUAAGUUAUCUUUAGUAUGAUUUUGACACUGUUAUUUAUACCAUUUAAUAGAUAUAUCAAUACUUGUGUUGAACAAUAAUAAUUAAUAUGUAAAUCAUUAUGGUAAAUUCUAAAUCUCUUUUGUUUGGGUAGUGUUGAUUAUGGAUUGAAAAAUGAUGGAUUAUUAAGCAGAUUUUAAUAUUUUUGGUUGGGAUUGACAAUUUAAUUAGAAGCAGACACAACUAUUCUAAAUUAAAUAGCUAGAAUUGGAUAUUUAUUGGUUGUUAUUGCAUCAGCAAAUUUGACUUCAAUUUAUUUAUUGAUAGAUUCAUCAUCAAUUGGGAUUAUUUUUGGAGAAGCUCUUUAUGGUUUGCUAUUGUUAUAUUAAUUCUUUGUAGUAGCAAGAACACAGGAAAAAACAUUACCUUAAAAGAAACCAAGCUCUCGUAGUUUUACAGAGAAAUUAGAAAGUCCUUAAUAAUAAAUUUUUGAUGAAGAUUCAAACUAAAUUAAAUUUAUGUCAUUAAAUUAAGGUAUAGUAAAAAACCCUUCAAUUUAUUCAAAAGAUUAAUCAGUUCUUGAAUAAAUUGAAUAACAGAAAACCUUUUAUGAGAUUUUAUUUAAUUAAUUUCCUGAAGGUAUAAUUAUUAUUAAUGAUCAAAAUAAGAUUGAUUAUCAUAAUAAUUAAGUUUAUACAUUAUUAGGUAGAAAACAUAAAUAAAACAGAUAAGAUGAUAUAUUAUCUCGUUUAUAUGAAUUAAAAAAUUAUAGUUCGAAAUUUUAAUUUGAAGAAUAAGCAUAAUUUGAUUAAUUUUUUUCAAAAUUAGAUAAAAAGUUAAAAUAUAAUUAACAUGAAUAUUAUUAACCUUUCGAUUAACAAUUUGAUCAAUAAAUAAAUGAUGAUAAUUCUAAAGAGAGUAUUUUUAAUAAUAAUUUCGAUGAUAAUCAAACUGAUUAUUAUUAUCAAGCUGAACUCAGUAAAGCUGAAACUUUAAAAUAGGAGUUAGAUAAAGCAUUGUAAGAGAAAAAUCAAGACAAAAAUGGAUUACCUUCUCCAUAUUAUAAAUAAUAAUCUAUUCAUUCUUAAAAAACAUAUAAAGGAUAGGAUAAAAUAAGAUUUUCACCAGGAGUCAAAAAAAUGCUUUGCAUUAUAGAAGAAUCAUCAGAAGAUCAAAAUAAUGAAUUAUAAGAAGAUAAGUCUUAAGAUGAAUGUAAUCCAGGUUUAUUGAUUCAAAUAACAAUAAAACCAUACAUAUAUGAAAAUAAAAGAAGUGUUUUAUUACUGAUACGAGAUGUAUCAUUAUUUAAUCAAUUCAAAGUUUUAUAAUAACAAAAUAAAAAUAAAUCUAGAAUGUUAUCUUAUGUUUCUCAUGAAUUGCGUAAUCCAUUAGCAGCUAUAAUUGAAAUAAAUUAAUAAUUGAAAAUUUAAUUUCAAUAAGAUGAAAACUUAAUUUCAGAGUAAUUAAUUUGAAUAUAUUUUAGAUAUUUAUAACCCUUGUAGAGUUCUGCAGUAUCAAUUUAAGGGUUAGCCAAUGAUUUAUUGGAUCUAGCCCAACUGAAAGCAGGAAAAUUUAAAUUAACUUAUUAAGAAUUUUCAAUAAAGUAAUUAUUAAAUGAUGUUAUAUCAAUUAUGUAAUACCCUGUAAGAUUAAGGAAUUUAAAUUUAAAGUAAGAUUUUGAUCCUAAACUUCCAUAAAUAAUUAAAUCUGAUUCUUAAAGAAUAUAAUAGAUAAUUUUUAAUUUAAUAAGCAAUGCCACCAAAUUUACAAAAGAGGGCGGAAUUACUGUAUCAGCAAAAUUGUUAUAACCAAAAAUAAUAGAAAUUUCUGUUGAAGAUACUGGGGUUGGUUUGAAACCAGAAGAUAAAAAUAAAUUAUUUUAGCCAUUUGGAAAAUUAGAAGAUACAAAAAAUAUGAAUACAUCAGGAGUAGGAUUAGGAUUAAUGAUAAGCAAUGUGUUAGCCUAAAAAUUAAGUGGAAAUGAUGAAGGAUUAUAAGUUGAUUCAAAAGGAGAAGAUAAAGGAUCUAGAUUUCUAUUUAAAAUAUAGGAUGUUAGUGAUAAUUAAAUAUCAACUUAAUUGGAAUCUAAAUUUCUCAUUAGAAAAGAAAGUUGUUCUAUUAAUUUACCUAUUUAAAAAAAGUUUGAAGAUUAAUUAAUAGGAUAAACUUCAAUUUGUAGAUGUCCUUAAAUAAUAAUUGUAGAUGAUGAACCACUCAAUUUAUAAACUUUAGGAUGGAAAUUAGAUCGUAUGAAAUAUAUUCAUUUAAAAGCAAAAAGUGGAUAAGAAUGCAUAGAAAUUCUAUAAAAUUGGUAAAAUAACAGAGAAUAUUGUUGUAAUUGGAUUAAAUUCAUCAUUAUAGAUAUUAAUAUGCCUUACUUAAAUGGAUAUUAGACUUCUAAAUUAAUAAGAUAAAUGGAAGUAGAGAAAUAGAUUAAAAGGUGUAAAAUAAUAGGAUGCAGUGGAUUUACAGAUUAUGAAAGCAAAAGAGUAGGAUUUGAAAAUGGAAUGGAUAUCUUUAUUUCAAAGCCAGUAGAAGAUAAGGAAUUAUUAAGUGCCUUAUAAUAAACUUAAUGA